GAAAGAAAAAAUGUAGAAAGUAUAGAAUAAAACACACUGCAAAAAUGAAAAAGCAAUAAAUACAAAACAAAGUAAAAAAAUAUAUUUGUAUAAAACUCCAAAAAUUAAAAUUGAAGCCGAAAGAGUAAAGGCGAGGAAGGUACUGGGGAGCUCCCCUUCCCUUUGGCUCUCUCUUUCUCUCUCUCGUUAGCUGCAUCUUCUCCGACGCCAUUUCUUUCCAUGAUUCCCCACAAAACCGAAGACGAUCUCUUCCGUCACCACCAUAAUCUGGGCUCAUCUCCCCAGAUCAUCCAUACGCAAUCACGGCCGUCCGUUUCCCCUCACGAUGACCCACCCGACUCUUCCUUCUCCCUCCCCGAAAUCGUCCUUUUGCGCUCAUCUUCUUCCGCUGACUCACCCAGUUAUUCCGAUUCCGAAAACGACGACGUCGCAGCUACUCACCCCGCUCCUUCCUCCGCCGCAACAACAACAACCGACCUAACUAGCGCUACUCAUAAAAUUGCCAAUCAGCCCCUCGGCUACAUUAGCCCCGAACCUCACAUUUCCUCUCAGUUCUACACCUUCAACGCCGAGUCCCAUUCCCUUAUGAUCCGCUGCAUCCGUGAGCAGCGUUUAGCAACUCCAGCUGAGAUCCGAGCCGCCACGCCUCGCUCCGUCCUCAAAUCGUGGCGCGCCGUGUGGAAGGACCGCAACGAGGACACUGCUUACCUGACCGCGUGGAAGCGAAUCCAGGACAAGCUCACCGCACACGUGGACCCCAAUUCCUGUAACGAAUUCCUUUGCUUCAAAAACAAUUCUAAUCAGUUCGUUUCCCAUGUUAAUCAAUGGCAAGAAAUCGUCAUGAGUUUCCAUGGCGACGCCGAUUUAAAACACUUAGGGCUUAAAGAAACAAUAGAGAGAGUCAAGCAAGUGUGGAAUGUAGGUGCUAAGUUCUAUGGAAUUCCCGAGAGUUACAUUAGGGUUUGUGUUGCGGCUUGCCCUGUAUGCAAUGCUUCCUCGGGGUCUGCUUCCAGGAGUAAACGGCGUCGUUUUGAGUACACAGAGUCUUUUGACGUGCCUGCAAAGGAGGUGCCUCAUAGGUUGCAGCAAUUGGCUGCAAAGCACAAGGUUGUGCUCUGCAUUAGACAGAAAUAUAUUAGGUAUAAGCCUUUUAUGGCCGAGGUGAAGGAUUAUGCCUGUCAUCGAGCAGGGGAACCCGCGGCAAAGAAGUCAAGGAUUUUGAAGAGGGAACCAUAUGCAUCGAAGAGGUGUGGUUGUGGAUUUAGAAUUAGGGCAAUAGUGCCAAUUGCCAAUUAUAAUGAGAAGGAUAAGACAUUUGUAUAUCAAGAGGAAGGGAUGGCAGUGUUUAAGUUGUAUGCGGUGCAUACUGGGCAUGAGCCAGGGCCGCUGGAUGGGAAUGCAAGGAUCAUGCAUCGCAUUGUUGGGCAUAAGGGGGGGUUUUUGAUGGACCAGGAUAUGGUUUAUGGGGUAAGUGAGGAUUUGGAUAGUGAGGGGCUUGGAUUGAUAGGGAAAGCAGAAGGAGAGUUGCAGCUGGCCAUUUUGCAGCAGGUGCAGGAGUUGAGAGCUGAAAUCGGGUUGUUAGAGGGGAAGAUUGGCAAGAUUCCUCGUCAGUUGUUGGGUUCGGUAUCUAGGGAGCUCCGUGAUAUUUUGAGUAAAGUUAGAAGUUUAGGGGAAGAGGGCCCAAAGUCAAUGGAAUUGCUUUCUGACAAGCCUCAUUCAGAUGACAUUUUGGUAGGAGAGAAUGAUUUGACACACUGGAGUAAUCACCAUCAUGAUCAGUUAUAUGGGGAUGGCAAGGAUACUGAAUUGAUUGAAGAUGAUGAAGACAGUUUUGGAAGGACACUUGAGGAUGUUGUUCCUUGGGACCAAAUGAGGACGGAUUGUAGGAGUCACAAGGGUCUGAUAAGUGAGCCUUGUAAGAUGGAUAAAUGGUUGAAAUGCAGUGAUUUUGAUGAGAAGAGCAUUCUUGACUGUGAAGAUACUAAACUAACCAAGCCCAUGAGACAUGAUGAUGGUAUAGUGGCAGAUGUAGGUCUUGUUGGCAUUCAGGUUGAUAGUUUCUACCAAGAAAAUCCUAAAUGGUAUGAUUCUCCUUGUGCAUUAGAUUCCAGCACAGAUUGUGGUGACAGUGGAUUUAGACAUGGGGAGAUCGUGUAGAGUCCUGAAGAGCCAGGUUAACCUACUCUAACAUAAUCAUGAAUUUAUAUUGUCACCUUCAUCCCUUCUCACUGUUGGCACUGGAUUGUACAUUUAUGUAUACUGAAGUUUGGAGCUCCUCACAUGCUUUAGGUGUCUUUGUUGUGUGUGGUUUCUGUAAAGCAUAGCCAAUGGGGCUCGUCUGCACAUAUCUUAUGUAUAACUAUUUGUUAACCAUGUUGUGGACAUUCAUGAUUUUUAGCUGGGUUCCUCUUACAAUGGACACCAGUUACUGUUUUCGUAACACUUUCUUUUAGGUUCUUGUAUGUAUAAUUUAGUAUAUGUCCAAUCUUUUUCAUCUGGCCCUCAUUAUGACGUGAGUGUUCCUUUCUAUUCACUUCCAUAUCACUUUCAUCUUCCUUUGUUUUAAAGCUUAUUAGUGCAUGACGUGGUUCACCUCUCUUUGCUAAUUGUUGGUUUAAUCAUGCUGGUGGUCAUAAUGAUUCCCCAAAUAGUCUUGAUGAUAUCUAGAGGCUUCGUAAUUUGUAUGUUGCUUUAUCCUCCCUUUGUUUGCUCCUUUUUUUAAUUGUGUAUUAUGAAUCAUUGUAUUAAUUAUCUGUGAAUCAUGCAUUCAAGAGUUCUUUUUCACUGCACCUUCUACCUGGAGAGCUUGAGAUCAAGUUCUAUCAAGGAGCUUUCUUCAACUGAGUUGGUAGGUAAGGCUACUGCCAUGUUCGUUUUUCUGUGGCUAUAUCACUAUUAAUUUUUCCUUUACCCUGCUUUACUGUAUCCUAACUCUAUUUCCUUAGCUCUGCUAGACUUUGCAUUGAUAUGGACAACCUGAUGGUUGAUGGAGUCUGGCUUGCUAGGGUGUCUGUAUCAUAACUCUGUCAAUUUCUUGAGGAAUUGAUGUCAUCAUGUUUCUGCUUUAUCUGUAGUGACAGGUAUCACUUGAAACAUGUAUGGUUGUUAGUAACUUUCCCCACUAUAUAUAUAUGUAUAUAUAUAUAUAUAUAUAUAUAUGCCCUGUUGGACUUUGUAUUCACUAAAUUAAUCACUGGACUUGAUAUCAUAUUCGCACAUAUUAUGAAUGCCUUCCAUUUUCGAAGUAAGUUGGGUUUCCUAUGGUUAUUCUGUUGGUGUAACUAAUCUCUUUUACACAUUUGUAGAUAUAAUUGUUACUAGUUGAUGCUAUAGCUUGAGAUAUACGAUUCAACUAACCAGAAUUGGCAGAUUUGGUCUACUUGGAAUUACAGAAUUUUGUUAAUAAGACAUUAGGAGCCACACGGUAUGCUCCUGAGUUUUCUUGUUGGGAUUCUGUAACAAGCAGAUAUGCUCAUAACUGUUAAUUUUAAAGAUUAUUUAACACUUUGUUAUGUUCAAUGGAAUUAGCAUUGCAUUACUAAUAACAAUUCUUUCUCUGCCAUGUCAAACGUUCUUCUUGGAAUGAGCAUAUUCUGAUGUGGAGGAUCCCUGUCUGAAACUGACAUUAUAUGAUAUCUGAUCUAGGGAAAAUGGGCUGGUUUUCCAGGCAUGGCAUCGGGCAUCAUAUGGUUCUUGAAGCAAAGAGCAUUCUUGACUUGAUAGAUGGAUUGAUGAAAAGAAAUUUUGGAUUGGUAGUUCCUUCUCCCUAUGUGAUUAUGUAUCGGUAUGUUCUUGUCUGUCUCCGAUGUUCUGGAGAUGUUGCACCUGUCUUCGCAUAUAAGGUGAAACAUGAAAUUUGAGAAUGAGAAAUGUCAGUCUUACUUUGCUGCAGGAUCCAUCUUCCUAUAGGAAAUUGAUUUAUUAUUGCAUCCAUUAGCUAUUUAGCUAUGGGUUCAGAAUUCAUUAGUUCUUCCAACAUUAUUUUGGUGUAGAACUGGGCUCUAUUUUGCUGGAUUGUCUCCUUAUAUAGUGGAGUCUGGGACUAGAUCACUGUGCAUGCAUAGAAUCUAGUUUCCACUUUCUAGAGCGUUGAGAUUUUGGACAUUUUGGUGGUAUAAAAUAAAAGAUCAAAAGAUGGACGCAGCAUGAUGGUUCUGUGAUGAUUUGUUUAGUGUGUGCUUUUACAGAGUGCGUAUAAGAUGAUGCAUAAUUGGACAUGGCCUGCCUGUGAUUUGAAAUGGUUUCGGCCGCAUAGCCUCUCUGUUUUACCAUUACAAGUGUUUCAGGUAGAUCUCAUCACAUGAAUUUGGGGACUUGCUCUCGUGUUGCACAAUUCUCAGAUUUACCUGACAAUAGUUCUUGAAGUAUGGGGAUGGUGUGGCAUGCGGUGAAGAUGAGAAAAUACUGACUCGUUUCAGCGACUCUCAGAAACAAACGAGAUGUCUGUGGGAUUCUGUGCUCACCCAACCAUUGACUUAGCUGUUUAACGCCAACGUGUCAACGCCGACCUCUGACCGUUUCAUCUAGAGAAAAAAAAAAGGUUAGUGAGUAAGACGUAUGACGUUUUCCCGUUGCAGAUAAAAUCAAAUCCUUGGAUGCAAGUGUUGCUUUUGAGUUGCUAGUUUCCGGUACUAGAAAAUUAAAUCAUUUCCUCUGUUGGGGGAUAACAAUGGCAUGCAUGCCUUAAAGAAGCAUGUUAGAUUUUGUAACAAUCCAGACCAAGGAACACUUUAAAA